UGUUGUUGAUGCGAGUGAACCACCCGAGUACGAGAUCACACAUUCUCCAUUAGCGGAGCGUUCUUUUUUCAUUAACAGUUGCAUUCCGUCAUGCGUUCGGCCAUCUUUUUGGUCACGGCGCUUGUUGCAGCCUCGACAGCCACUCCGUGGGGUUCGAGAGCAAAUCAGCAAUGCGCUUCUUAUUGCAAGGAAACGAGUAAGUUUAAAUACAGCGUUGGCACAAUUUACAGCUAUGAUUACACGGGCGAAACAGCGUCCAAAAUUGGCGGCACUUCGGAGCAAGAGUCCAGGUUACACAUUAGCGCCCAGGCUGACUUUGAAGUCGUCUCUCAGUGCGAACUUGUCUUGCGGCUUAAAAGAGUGAGCCUGGAACAAUCAGAUCCACAGGAUGGAUCAUCGAGAACAAUUACGGCCGGAUCGGCUAAUUUUGCCGCUGGGCUCGAACAACAACCGCUCGUGUUCUCCUUCCAAGACGGACAAAUCGAACAUCUUUGCCCGUCUGUUGACGAGUCCGAAUGGGCCCUCAAUGUCAAACGAGGCAUCCUGUCGGCCAUGCAAAACUCCAUGCUGGACUUGGCCAAAUCGCAACAGGUCUUCGAGACGGACGUUGUCGGCCAUUGCGAGACCAAUUACACGGUAGAACAUGUCGGACGGAACGGCAUGUCAGUGUCACGAACCAAAGACUUGCUGGCCUGUACCGGCCGAAAUGGCCAUCAUUCUGCGCCCAUUUUGAGUACGCCCUACAGCUCUGCAUCAUCGAUCCAAUCCCUUCCUCUUCUCAAGAGCGAGAACGAAUGCCAGCAGACGAUACGCAACGACCUGCUGGAGAAAUCCGUCUGCACCGAAACUCAUCUCUUCCGGCCGUUCUCCAACGGUCAGAGCGGAGCUUCCACUCGUAUUACACAGACUUUGACCUACAACAGCGAACGUCGUUCCGACCACAUUUCCACUGAUUACAAGAAAAACAAGGCCAGUCUUCUCUUCGAUGGUCCAGAUGUCCAGAAGACAUCAGGUGCCAGUCUGUCGUUGAUUGGCGAAACGUUGAACGUUUUAGUGCAAGAAACGCGGACGGGCAUUUCGCCCCAAACGCCAACCCUCUUCUCUCGAUUGGUGGCCUCUUUACGUCACUUGUCUUACGCUCAACUUAGCGAAUUAUUUAGCAAGACUCAAGAAGCUAAAGCAAGGAAGUACCUGAUGGAUGCAGCUCCAUUGGUCGGAACGGCCGCCAGCUAUGCGCUGAUGAGAGACAUCAUCCAAGAAGGAGGUCUUCUCUCUGAUUUAGAGACGGACAUGUGGUUGGCUUCUUUAGCGUUCCAGCCAAAACCGACGCUUGAAAUGAUUACAGCAGUCUCGCCUCUGUUAGCUGACAAUGCCCGUCCCAAAGCCCUGCUCUCCAUUUCCGCUUUAAUCCACGCUUAUUGCCGCAACCAUCCGGCUGGAUGUCAAGAAGAAGAGAGCGUGAAACAGGCCAUCGUUCACAUCGAGAAUCGCAUCGGGAUCGCGUGCCGUUCACGCGACGCAGACGAACAAAACACGAUCCUUUUAGCUUUGAAAGCUCUCGGCAAUGCUGGCCUCAUCUUCACGUCCGCCGAAACCCUAAAGAAAUGCUAUCAGGAAGAAGCAAAUGCGAUGGUGGUCCGCCUGGCGGCCAUCGACGCCCUGCGACGCGUUCCGUGCCAUUUAGACGGCCGCAGUUCGCUCCUGUCUUUCUAUUUAGACACGAGACAAGACUCCGAGCUGCGCAUCACCGCCUACCUGGCCGUCAUGCAAUGCCCGUCUGGCCAGCUGCUGGAAGAAAUCAAACAAUCGUUAAUGAGCGAACCCGUCAACCAAGUCGGUUCCUUCGUCUGGACUCACUUGACCAACUUACAAGAGACUUCCAGCCCGUCAAAACAGGCCGUCCGCCAGCUACUAUCCACCGAAUUCCUCCGCAACAAAUUCAACACGGACGCUCGUAAAUUUUCCCGCAAUUUGGAAGUUUCCAGCUACUGGCAAGACCUCAACGUCGGUGGAACAGUGGAGAGCAACGUCAUCUUCUCCUCUCAAUCCUACCUGCCCCGUUCGGCCUCGUUGAAUCUAACGCUGGACCUCUUCGGCCAAUCGAUUAACUUAAUCGAAUUGGGCGCGAGAUUGGAAGGAUUCGAAUCUCUAAUCGAAUCGUUCUUCGGUCCCGGUGGAUAUUUUCAAGACGACGCCAUUCAAACGGUGCUCCAAUCGUUGCGCGGCAAACGGGCAGCUCCGGUGGACCAGCAAUCGCUGAACCAACUGUCCACCGUCUUCGACGUCAAGGGACAAAUGGCCGAUCAGCCUCAGGGCGAUGUGUACGUGCGCGUCUUCGGCAACGAACUGCACACCCAUCGCUUCAAAGGGCUAGAUCAGUUGACGGGCAAACCUCUUCUUCAGAAUCCUAUCAGCAUGUUACUUCAAGCUGCUGGGCAGAAGGACGUCGAUUUAAGCAAAUCCGUGUCCAUCAUGGACGUCUCGUACGUUCUACCGACGAUCGUCGGUUUGCCUUUGACUUUGAACGUGAACGCCACGGCUACGGUGGCGUUCAAAAUGGGCGGAACGUUCCAGACGGCCGGCUUGACUGACAUGAAAAUCAUCGGACACGUCAAGCCCAGCGGAACGGUUCAAGUCAACGGGUUAAUGGCCAUCGAUGCUUCGACGUUCGGACGCAGCGGAGUCCACGUUCAAAACGUCAUGCACACAUCGACCGGCCUGUCCGGCAAAAUGAUCAUCCAGGGAAGCCGAUUAGUGUCCGUACAGCUCGACGCUCCAGAAGAGGCUUCUAAUACGUUCAGCUUCGAUUCGCGUCUCUUUUUGCUCCAGCAAAACGGACAGCAAUCCAUCCGGCCGGAACAAAGGACUCCAGUCAACAUGACAUCAUGUUCGCCCGCCUGGCUGGGCAAAAAAUUCGGAGCCGAACUCUGCGCUGAGCUAGAAUUUUAUCCGAGAAGCAAAGAAGGUCCUCGUGGGCCUUUCACCGGACCUGCCCACGCCGCCUUGUUCUUACGCAAGACGGACAAGCACAGCAGCUAUCGCUUCGAGUACAAACGCGAAGGCAGCCGGGCCGUUAGUCUCGUCAUGGACACUCCAGAUUCCGCCAUCAAUCGCAGACUAUCCGCUCAAUUGACGCUGGAUCAGCUGGCCAAUAGCCUGAGGGCAUCUUUCGUCUGCCCGUCAAAGAGCGUGGACGUCAUCGGCAAAUACGAGUACAAUCCGUCAGUCAAAGGAGUUGACGUCAUGUUGACAAUAGAUGGCGCGGAAGUCGUUUCACUCCGGACAGCCCUACGCACUGAUCUCAAGGGCGCGUCCGGCCGCUACGAGCCCAGUUUGCUCAUCAGCCAACGCGGCAAGGAGUUGGUCAACUUCCAGGGCUAUUUCAGCUACGUGGGUCAAUCGAAAUGUGGCUUCGAUUUCCAGUUGAAACACCUGACCGUCCGUCCCGUCCGUCUGUCCGGCGAUUUCGCUAAAGAUAACGAAAACAAACACGAGUUCAACGUGGCAUUGAAAUCUUACUUGCUGGACACUACCUUGGCCACCACCAUGCGCCUCUCCGAUAAACUGACCACGUGCAAAACGAAGGUCGGCUAUUCGUUCACGGAAGGAACGACGCAAAGUCUGGAACUGUCGGGCAAAUUCAAUCGGGCGGUCAAAGGAUCUUUGAAGAAGACGACGUUGGCUGGAAUUGUCCAGAGUUCGCAGUUCCCUCAGUACAAUGGAGACGUGUCCUGGGAUGUCCAACAAUCGGAAAAUUACCUGGAAAACAACGUCCGAUUGAAUGCUGGAACACAUCAAUGGGAAGUCCAGCAAUUGUAUUCCGGCCAGCCUAGAGAUCUCAAUGUCCGUCUGGCCGUCGUUUGCAAACAGCAGAACAUCGAUUUCCUCGUCUACACCGUGUUCCAAAACACAGUCACGACCGUGAUUAGCCAAUCGGGAUUGCGAUUAUCUCCAGGAAGGCAAUGGAGUGGGAAGCUGGAUCUGGUCCGCCAAGAUUUCCAGCCUGGACGUCGCUACGGUGGACGCAUCGAACUUUCAUCCCCGACCGUCAGCCGCCAUUUACGCGCCGACGUUGUCCAGGAAAUGGCUAAACGGUGGAACGCAAUUGCGGAAUACUCCGUGAAUCAAAAGAUCGAAGCGUCCAUCAACGCCAUCUAUGAUGACCUUAGCGCAGGAAUCAAAUGCGAACAUUCCGUUGAGGUCAAACUGCGCAGCUGGGCGGCCGAUGAGCUGGACAUCAACGGACUGUUCGUGGCCAGUCCUACCAACAGCGUCUUCAAAUUGAACGGCCGCUAUGGUGAUGAGAAAUUAUCCAGUUCCGUCGAGUACGAGCACGUCGACACGCUGGAACACGCCGUCAGCGUUGGAAUCACGCGCGGAGAAGACGCACCUGUGUUCCAGGCUAAAUUCAACAUUACUACUGGAACACAAAAAUCGCUCACCGUCGAUAUCCAGGCCGAUAGGCACAUCACCAUCGACGCUCAAAUGACGUCCGACUUGGUGAGUCUUCACGUGUUCUGGAACAAGGACGUCGAUCUGAGCCAGUCUUUGAGAUUCACUGGAACAUUAAGCGCAACUGGAGGCAAUGCUCAGUUCAACUACGGCCAAUGGCCUACCAUUUACGUCAACAUCGACAAGAUCGAUAAAGACCUCAAAAUUCAAUUGGGCUGGAACGAGAAUCAAGUCAUCGUUUUGCGCAUGGAACUCCUUCCAACUCGCACGGCCGGCCUCCUCACCACACCGUUCGACGGGUUCCAAAGGAUCACAUUCGACAGCCUGCAUCAAAUUACAAACAAGACGAUUCAAACUCGAUUAGCAGUUGAUUGGCCAGCACAUCAAUUCACCUUGUCCUUGACGGGCAGCCGGACAUCGGACAACGUCCAGGGAUCCAUCAGAUUCACGUCGACAUUCCCCCAAUUGGAAGACGUCAGCGCCGAGUUCCAGGCUCUCACGAGCCAACCUCUGCAUCGCUACACUUUGGCGAUCCAGCACGAAGGUCGCCGGGCAGAAAUGUCGGCCGAUUAUCAUCGCAAAGAAUUCCAUUUCAAGAGCGCGUCAGUCAGCUUGGCCACUCCAAUCACGGGCUAUGAAUCGUUAAAGGCCAGCGUCAUCCACACAAAGGCCGUCAGCCAUUUCCAAACGGAUCUGAAAUUAGAAGGUCCGUUCUCCAGCCGGGCGGUUGUUACUGUAACGGGCAAAAAUAUGAAAUCAGAAACCUCUGGAAAUUUAGCCAUCACGACCAACUUCUCCGUGCUGGAAACGUUCAACACGUCGUUCCAGCUCUUCAACAAACAAAACGAAAAGGAGCUGUCCGUCAUCGGAGAUUUGAACGGCCAGCAAAUGUCCGCUCGCGCGGCCACUGACGUAUCCGAUGGCAAAUUCAGGGCGGACUUGAUUGUUACCAGUCCGUUCGCUAACGAUGUGACCGUCUUAGUAGAUCAUCGCUACGAAGGUCAGAACCUGCAGAGCCAAGGACACGUCAGCUGGGCAGACAAGAAAGUGAGUUUGAAUUUAGACGGGCAAUUCGCACCUGGAAAAGCUAUCGUAGAUGCCACUCUGUCCACGCCUAAAUGGAGGGCCAAUGGCCGUUUGGAUCACGUUAAAACAGCAGGCACGCUGGACUCGUCCAUCAAGGCGGAAUUCAAUGGAAAGCGGAUCACUUUCGUCGCGAGUUCCAAAACUAUGCAAAUGAACAACAUCCAUUUGCAAACGAAAUGGACCAGUCCGUUCCAGGGAUUCGAAGAUCUUCGUGUUACGUUGCAACAUCGUCGGGAAGGUCAGAAGACGACUACUGUCAUCACGACGGCCCGCAUGGAACAGGAAAUCAUCGUGGAACACGACAUCGAGUACGCGGACCUCUUCAACUGGGCCAACCGAUUAGCCAUUAAGACGCCCUUCGAAGGUUUAUCUUCGCUGACGGUAGAUUCCAAACAAUUGUGGACCAACGUCCUGGAACACGACGGCCAACUGCAAGUGAACGGAAAGAAGAUGACAGUUAUUAUUAAAGCGGACAACAGUCAAAAGGGAAAACUGACGGCCAGUGGGUCAUUAAAAUCCAGUUGGUCAGAGGACGUCGUUUUCGAACUGACGCAUUCCGACGACGGCCUGAAAUUCCAUCCGACGUUGAUCAUCCGCACUGGAUGCGGCCAACCUAUUCGCUUGGAGACGGCCUACAAACGCGGACCAGUUAAUCCGAGUCUGACUGUUGAUGUCAUCUCACCUCUGUCCGACCCUCUGAAACUGUCCGCUUCAUAUAUCAACAACUCGCCCGUCCGAAUGGCGAAAUUCAAUUUGAACUGGAACAGAGAUCAAACCGUCGAUUGGACUGCAGACUGGGCGUUGGCCGCUUUGCAAUCCUCCAUCAAGACUCGUCUCACUACACCCUUCACCCGCUAUAAUAAGAUAAAAGGAGACAUCAUUUACGACGUGACUGGGCAAAGAAAAACGGGCAAAAUUCACUUACAACGAGAUGAAAAGUCCAUCUAUCUAGACGCAUUUGCCACUGGGCAAGGAUCGAUGUACCAAUCGGAACUCGUCUUGUCCAGCUCGUUUUAUCAAACGGUCAAAGCCAGUGCCGUGCUGGACAUCGCGGGCGCUAGGGCUAGCGUCAAGCUGGACCGUGGGAACAGCCAAAUCCACUUGCACGGCGGCUUGGUGAUCGCACCUACUCAGACGGCCGUCACGGCCACGCUGGAAACGCCUUUCCGCGCUGUCCGUCUCGUUCAAAUCGAAGCGUCUUUGAAAUCCAACCAGCAAUUGCAGCUGGACCUCGAUUACGACGGCCAGAAAAUUUCACUGACCGCUUCCCGCACUGCCGGCCCGUCCAAAGACUCCGUACGGGCAAGUUUGAAGACUCCGUUCGCCCGUCUCCAGUCCGGCAGCAUCGACGCUUCUUACGACGCUUCCGGAACGGCCAAAACGGCCUCUCUGGCGCUCUCCAGGAAUCAACACGUCAUCCAGGCGUCCGGCCAGAUCACCCUGACCGGGCCAAUCAAGCUGGCCGUCAACGUGCGCGCACCUUGCUGCGGCAUCAAUCAUUUGGACGUGACCGGCUCUUACGACGAGUCGGUAGAAAUCAAAGCCGGGCACAUGAAGGUGGUCCUGAACGGCGAAAAAUAUCAAUUAGACGGGCAAUUAAAACGGACCAACGGGACGGCCGAAGUGGCUCUGAAAUCUCAGACGGGCUACCAAGGAUACGAACAAGUCGUCCUCAACGCCAAAUACGACGUCCGGCAGCCGGCCAAGACGGGCUCCAUCACUUUCAGCAAGAACGAAGAUCGAUUCCAUUUCUCUGGAACAGUAGACACGCGCAGCGCCAUCCUGGACUUGGCCACGCCCAUCGAACAUUUAAAGUCCGUCCGAUUGGAAGGCCGUUACGAUCUGGAGGCGGCAACGUUGACCUUCGUCCGUAACGAAGAGGUCGUCAAACUAACGGCCGGUGGAUCUCUGGACUCCCUGCUGGGCAAAAUCGAUUGCGGAUUAGAAACACCUUAUUCCGGCUACGAAAACAUCAAGGCCGAGUUGGUCUACGAUCUCCAGUCGGAGCACAAGUUCAUCGUCCUCGAUGCUGGAACGUACCGCGUCGAAAUGGAAUCGAACGGACGUCGUUUCGUUAUCCGUUCCACAACGCCGAUCGUCAAUUACGAACAGCUGGAACUGAUUGCAGACUACGCGCUGGACAAUCGCCAACUCUUGGCGUCCGUCUUCGUGAAGAAGAACGCGGACACGUUCGAAUUGCGUCUGAACGGCCUUUUGGAUGUGAUCAAUCGACAAGCUUCCUUCGAGUUCCAGUCGCCAGUGCCUUUCAUGCGAAUCGUGUCCAGCAAAAUGCGAUGGGGCGAAGAGCACGGAAAGAAGUCCGUCUUCGUCCAAACGGCCGUGAACGAUGUGACGAUGGACGUCGGAUUGCUUGGCCAUUUCGCCCUGGAUCACGUCCUCAUGUCAGCGGCCAGUAAGAGCAACAUCGAAGGAUGGAACACCGCUUCACUGAUGGCCACCUACGACGUCCGUUCUUCCAUCUCAGCCGGCCUGGAAAUCGAAAAGAACGGAGUCAAACAAACGUUGUCUGGAGACGCGAAGUUCGAUCAGCAAUCAGCUCAUUUGAAUAUUCAAACACCUUUCGAAGGUCUGCGUCUUUUGGGCGUCAAGGGCACACUCAUCGACACUUCAAAGGCCAACGUCAGUACCGACCGGACAGCCACACUGCACCUGGAACACGAAGGCGUGUCUCAAGAUUAUCGAUUUGCUCUGAGCUUCGAUCCUGAAUCAGCUGAUCUGAGCAUCGAAACGCCGUUCGAACAUUACGCCAAAAUGUCCGUCAGUGCCCGUUUCGUGCUGGACAAGCCGCGCAAGAUGAUCAACCUGAUCGUCACGAAAAAUGAACAUCAAAUCGAAUUCAAAAGUCAAUUGAUUAAAGGAGAUAUCGAAUUGAAAUUGAUUACCACUUGCCUUGGGUACGAGAACAUGGCGAUGGCCGGCCGUUACGACUUCACAUCGCCGGCCAAGACGUUAAUCUUGAAAAUGAGUCUGAACGAUAAAGCCAUUCAGUUGAACGGAUCCCUCGAAGAUUUGAAAAUGACGAUUGACGUAACGACACCUAUCGUCGGUUUCGAGUACGUCAGUUUGCACGGAGACGUCCAGCUCAAAUCCAAAACAAUGCGCUUGAUGCUGGAACACAGCGGGCAACGCUACGAGGCCAGCGGGGCAUUGACUGGAAAUAAACUCGUCGCUCAGGUCAAAACGCCCGUGGUUGGAUACGAAGUGAUGGACAUCAGCGGCCGCUGGAACGAACAUCACGUUGAGUUCGGUCUGACCAGUCCAUCGCUGGGCAAGGUCAUCGUAUCAACAGAAUUCGACCUGGAUAGCACGUCCGUUCAAUUUGGACGGGUCGUUUUGACACAUAACGGAGUCAUUUACCGCAAUGAGUUGGUGGCCAAGUUGGCCGACCCCUGGACAAAUGGAGAAGUCCUUCUCGGCGUCCAGCUUCCUCUAGACGGGCUGCGUAAUGUGAAAUCGAGAUUUGAUUACGAUCUGGCCUCAAACGAGAAGACGUUGGCCAUGACUCUUGAUACUACUGCCCAGCACUAUGAGGCGACAGCUAAAAUCAGCUGGAACAAGGAAGCCGGACGGGCAGUUCUUCACGUCCAAACGCCUGUGCCUAGCUGGGAAGAGAUCGACAUGAGUGCUGGAUACGAUUUGAUGAAGAAAACUGUUUUCGUACUGACCGAACGCAAUGGAAAGUCCGUCGCUUUCGUCCAGGCUUUAGCCACCGUGUCGGCCAUGUCCAGCAUCCUGUCCGGAUCCAUCCACGUUCCUUCCCUGUUGGCCGAAGACAUUGAAAUGAUGGCUGCUUACAACGUGGCCAGCGAUGCGGCCGAUGCAAAAAUCAAAUUCUGCUCGCACGAGUUCCUCUUCGACGGACAGCAGAGCAACAACUGGACAACAGCCAUGGCCACCGUUUCCACCACGUUCAAUCAGCUUCAAAGCGCCCAGCUCAAUUGGAACGUUAUUAAGAAAACAGCGUCGUUCCAUCUGAACGGCCUGAAAGCCACGCUGGACGGACGGAUUCAAAGUCCUCGAGAUGUCGGCUUCAAAGCGACGCUGUCCGACCCAUCGCUGGGCAUGCACGCUGCCGAAAUCGAAUGGAACGUGAUGUCCGACAAGUUCGUCAGCCGGGCAGAGUACACGAACGGGCAACACAAGCGAUUGGGAGCGAAUGCGCUAGUCAAUUUCUCCAUCGAGAAAGGCGACUAUCAGCUGACCGUCUUCACUGGAAUGGCCGAUGUCGAGGAUGUCCACAUCGCCGGCCGUUGGAUUUCAUCGGAAAAAAUCAGAUCGGAAUCGGCUCUUCACUGGGCCGGCAUCAAGAAAUUCGAGGCCAUCUUUGACGGGCAAUUUUCUGCUAUGCGUUCCAUUGCCCGUCUGACUGUGUCAACACCACAGAUGGACGCAGUCACGACCGAAAUCGAAUACGACUUCGUUCCAGCUGAAAGAUCCUUCCGUUUCAAUUACAAUUCUGCAAUUCAAUUAAAGACUUUAAUGACAAUCGAAUCGUUGAUCCAAUGGACUGGAAAAAUCGAUUUCACCCUCCAUUCUGAACAAUAUUCAGCGACGGGCAAGUGCAACAUGGAGCCCAGCUCGCGUGUCAAAGAGUUCUCCGUCCUGCUGGACAACAUCGAUCUGCCCGUCUCAGCAUUGCGGAUGACCAUGGAAGAGAAGAGCGAACGCAUCAUCCUCAACGCGUCCAUCAAAGGCCCUGCAUUUGAAGAUGAAAUCAAGUUCCAUGGCCAUUACGAUACGAGUAUGGGAUUGAACGCCAUCGCCAAACUCAGCUGGUCCGGCGAUAAGAACGUCCAGGCAAACAUUUUGAUGAACGCAUCCGAGUUAUCCAGCGAAUUGCUGACACCCUUCGCUGGACUGGAGAAGACCAGCCUGUCCGUCAAAUACGAUUUCGGCCAGCAAAAGCAGACGAUGGAUUCCAUCUUCGUAUGGGCCGGACGCAACGUUACGGCUUCAGCCACGUGGCAACUGGAAGACGGAAUCGUCUUUUCUGUCCGUUUCACCACUCCGUUCCAGGGAUUCGAACAAGUCGGACUGAGGGGAUCUUUCCUGUAAGGGUCGGACUACAGCACGACGUUGUACUACACCCGAGCUGGAAAAAUCAUAGACAUUCAAGGUAAAUUGACUUCAAACACAGCCGGAUCGAUGGCCAAGAUUACCUUUGCUGGAGAGAACGAGCAAUUGUCCGCCGUCGUUGAAUACGACGUCCGUCUUCCAAAGAAGACGGCCUCACUGACUCUGAGCCGCGGGGCCAAUCAGCGCUUCACUUUAACAGCCGCAGGCGAAUACGCAGACAAGAUCAAUGGAAUCCUAACUGUGGAAACCUCAUCUAGCUCGCCGGUGCGCAUCAGUUUGGAAGUGGAUCCCGUCGCUGUGGAAAAGAACGGCCGUCUGACUCUCGAAUGGGGCCAGCAACAGAAACUGGAAUUGAUGGGUGGCGGGACGAUCAGUAAAAGCGCCAGCAAAUUCCGUCUGGCCGCUCAAACGCCUUUCGAUGGAUUCAAGAAGAUCAUGGUCAACAGCCGGAUGAAUCAGAAGAUCGUCGAACUGUCCGUCGAAUACGGCCGCAAUCGCAAACUUCAUCUGAACGGCCAAUACAGAUGGGAUCCCAGGCUGUCCGUCUACUCUUUGAACGGCACUCUGUUGACGCCUUGGCUGGAACACACCUUGUCCGGACAAAGUUAUUUGGACCUGAACAAUGGAUUCCACGGGUCGUUGUCCGUGCUUCCGGCUCCAGAAAAGAUAUACAGCAUCAACGCCAUCUAUCGGCGAUCCGGUUCACUAGAAGCCACGAUCCAAAGUCCUUGCGAUUCGCUGCGACAUGCAAAGAUCUCCGGGCAUUUCGAGACUGACAUACGCAAAUCCAUCAAGCGGGUGGCUGCUGGUGUCGAGUACAAUGGCCGUCAGGCUUCGAUCGAAGGCCGUUUGACUGGACAGCAAUCCCGCAACGCUUUCGUUAAAGGUUCCUGGAACAAUAGGGUAGCAGUGGUGGAAACAUCGUAUCACAAAGAUCAACUCACAUUCAACAUGGCCGCCAACGUCUCCACACCGUUCCAGGGAUACGAGUCAUGGGCGGGCCGUUUCGGACAGACAGCAAAUGGCCAGCAGCGCGAUGUGACUUUACAUCUGGCAACGCCGCUAGCCAUUCUCCCAACGCUCGACAUCGACGUUCAAGCCAUCCUCGAACCUGGAAAACGCAUGGACAUUAGCACUUCAGCCUCUGCCUUGGGCCAUACGGGACGGGCUAAAUUCCAAGUAUCAAAGAACGUCAAACUUUACGUGGCAUCGCUUGAAUUGGACAUCCCGUUCAUCCAAGUCCUCCGCUCGGUCAACGUCCGCGCCGAAUGCCAAAUCGAUGGCUGGAAGAACGUCGUGUCCACCGUGACGGCCGGUGUUCCAGCAGGUGAAUACACCGUUAAAGGAUCCAUGUUGAUUGGCAAGUCCAGCUUGAACCUGAACGCCGGAAUCAAGACGCCAUCGUUCGCCAAAUCCAUCGAAAUGGGCGCUGGAUACAACGCGGCCAAUUUGGACCUCGUCCAGGGCGAAAUUUUCGUCUGGGACAACAAACUGGAAGGCCGUUACGAGAAACGCGGGAACCAAAUCAGCGUCGAGUUGAGUUCCAACUUGCCGGACUUGAAGUUAUCGCACAAUCGAAUCAACUUCGAAAUGAGUUAUCGUUCACCUCGUCAACUCCAGGCUUCCAUCUCUUUCAUCACCGUGCACAAAUCGCACACCGUGUCCGUGUCCUAUCAAUUGGCCGGCAGCAAAUUCACUGGACAAUUGGACGUGGACACUCCCAUGUUGCAAUCUAAGAAGAUCAUCUCGUUAAAAAUCAAUUACAGCAGUUUGGCCGCUUUGACAUUCGAAGGCCGAUUCGUAGAUGGACAGAGUACCUGCGAAUUGACGGGCUCCCUGCGUCUGGCCGGCGAAAUGGUGCACGGACAGGCUAAAUUGAAUUGUCCCAUGUUUGGAACGCUGGCUGUCGAAGUGACGGGCAAUCCAGCGGAAGGUAAAUUGACCAUCACAGCGGGCAAGGCCGUCCAUCGAGUGGGAUACAAACUGAUGACGAACAACGAUGGGUACGAUGGAACAAUCAACGUCGAAUCUCCUUGGAUUCAACCUGUCCAUCUGAGAGGCAUUUGGAUGCUGGGCGACGUCCAGCAAGGACAGGCUUCACUGACAGUCCGUCACGGCGAAUCGGCCCAUUCCGUGUUGGGCGAUUACCUCCGUUCGGCCGGUGAUAAAAUGGCUGGAUCUUUCAACGUGGCAUCGCCAUUGUUGCCCGGCAAACAGGCCAGCGUGCAAUUGCAAUACCAGCCGUUCGAUUUGAACGUCCAGCUGGACGUGAUGGGACAAUCUCAUCGUCUCGUCGGACUGUUACAACGUUGGCCCAGCAUCAACGGUAAGGUCCAGUUAGAUUCGCCCGUCCUUCCCUGGAAAACGAUGGCGCUACACGCCCAGGCCGAGCGCAACGUCCGCGAUUUCCUCCACGGCCAGGCCAACAUCACCGCCAGUUACGGCGAGCAAAGUUUGGGUCUUGCCGGACAGUUCCGUUAUGCCCAGUGGAGCGAUUUCGAGGGAUGGAUGGAACUCAACACCCCGUUCCAGGGAUUGACCAUGGCCCGCGCCGAUUUCCAGCUCAGCGCCAUCAACGCCCAGCGAGUCAACGCUUCCAUCAAUUUCCAGUCAUCUCACGUCGUUCUUCCCCGGGCUUCUUUCAACGUCCAGUACCAUCUAACAGAGUCCACGCUGGAAGCUUCUGCCACGUUGAACACGCCGUUCACGCGCUGGGAAACGGUCGGAUUGGCCCUGAACGUCCCGUUGUCUUACAAAAACGCCAAGGCUUUAGGUUCCCUAACACUGCCGGGCGCCCAAUAUUCCAUUUCCGGAUUGGUAUCCACCGGAAGUCGUCAAUUCCUGACAGAAUGGAACCUCGAUUAUGCAGGAAAGAAAUUCGGAACUGAACUCCUCUUUAAAGCAGACGAUAUUUACCAGGCUAAAGUGGACGUAGUGACACCCAUCCGCGGAUUCGAGAAUUAUUCCUGGGACGUCAAGGGCCAGGCGAAUGUCCGUCGUUGGGGAGAAGCCACGGCUUUCCUCGACUGGAACGGCAAACGGAUCGAGUUUAGUUCCAAUGUCAAAGUCGAGCCUUUAGCUUAUAUCGCCGUUGUCCAGCUCAAUACUCCGUUCGUCGAUUUCGAACGUUACGCUGUCCGUCUCCGUCUGGAGGGAACGGACCGCAAGACGCUCCAAGUCGAAGUCGAAUCGCCCGGCAUGCGAGUUGGAGCCGAUUUCGAUUACGUUUUCAAUUCCGCGACGGAUUUCGUGGGUAAAGCGUCCAUCCGGACACCUUUGGCCGGCUACGAAUCCUUCACUUUGCAUCUGUCCAACCAGCUGGGCGCUUCUUCUUAUUCCGCUAAUGCUGAAGCUCGUUUCGCCGACUACGGAUUGGCCGCUAGCAUUGAAGGUCUCAUCCGCGAAGGCGGGUUCCAGGCUCAGAUGGACGGACGCUACAACGACCGCGUUAUCGUCCUCAAGGCCGGCGGAUCGCUAGAUGAGAAACGCGUCACUUGCAACGUCGAUCUGAUCACGCCCUUCGAAGAAUUGAAAAGCCUCGAGAGCUUCGUCCAGCUGGAAAAGGACUUUGCUGAAAGCAAAGGCUUCGGCUUGAGCGUGAACGGACGCCAGUUGAUGCUGGUCACCUUGGCCAAACAAACGGACGGCGUCCAAGUCCUCCAGAUCAAGAAUCCCUGGCGGCCAGUUGAUCUUUCAUAUUCCUGGGAAAAAAGGGCUGAUUUAAUUCAUUAUCAGGCCCAGCUCUGCUGGGAUCUUAACCGCCGCACAUCGGCAACGCUGGGCGGACGUCUGGUCAUUCAAACAUCGUCUUACGGUCGUCAAAUUAGCGUUAAGACCAUCACUCCUAGCAGGGAAUUCUCUUUGAACUACGCGCUGGAACUGACGUCAGCCAAAGUGGAUCAUUCAAUCAGCAUCUCGUGGGCCGCGGAUCAAUCUGUUGGGUACAGAAUUUUAGCUGAAAAUGGUUCGACAAGAAGACGUGCUCAAUUGAACGGAUUAAUCCGUAUGGACUUACCCGCUCGCUCGUUCCAGCUGGAAUCUCAGCACUCGGGAGGGGAAACAACCGCCACUCACGUGGAAUUCCAGUGGGACGCUGCUAGAGAUCCGUCCAGACGUCUGGGAGGUCGACUGGAAACCCGUCACGGUCGUCAGAUCCGGUUGAUCUUCCUUCAUCCGGAACUGGAACGCGACAUCGUCCUGGAAGGAGAAUACAAUCGCAUCGAUGAUAAUCAACUGACAGGUAAAAUCGAGUUCAUCUACUCACCGCUAGAUGGCCACCGUCUAACAGUGGAAGGAUACACAACAAGCGAACAAGACACUGGCCGUUCCAUCCAGCUCAUUAUUUCGCAUCCGGCUUCCAACACCGACUUCCGCCUGACAGCCAAUGGCAAAAGAAACCCUGGGGCUGAAUUCCAAGCUCGUUUCGACUACAAAGAUCGUUCAAGGACGUCCCGUUUCCUCCAGCUCGGUGGUAAAGUCCUUCCGGAACAGAGACGCAUCGACCUGGAAGCCCGGACAUCUGAAAAAUCAUUGACUUUGACCAACGCUUUCGUUUCAUCUGGAAGUUCUUACAAUUUGGCUUCCAGGACUUUGGUGAACGACGCAGUCGCGUUGGCCGUGGAUGCCCGUCUGGAAACGUCCGCCCUCCGCCCGACUUUGCAAAUCGAUGGAUCCUACGCCGGAGGCAAAUCGUUCAACUUCAUGGCCGGCAUGCCGGAUAGACGUGAGGUUACCGUGCGAGCUAUCCGGGACAUCCACGGACGGAAGAUCGUCGACGGACUCUUCCAAGUCAAAUUAAACCAGACGGACCUGCUCUCUUCACGCAUUUAUUGGCGCGCGGCCUCCAAGACGGAACUCCGCGAUGCGGCCGUUAACGGCCUCAUCAACAUCUUGGCCGCUUGCGAAUCUUUCGCUGAUGACGUAGCCAAUUUCGCCGCUAGCGAAUGGACGGACAAGUGCUCUUCUCUAACUCCAGCAGCCCGGCUCAUUUCCCAACGGCUGACGGACAGCAUGAACCGAGAGAUUAACCUCUUCCGCUCGGAAUUCAACCAGUUGGCGGAUGACGUCAUGGCCAUGUACAAGCGGAACGACUUCUACCUGCAAAACAUCGUAUCGACAAUGAAACAAGUGGCUGCUUUGGCCCAGCCUUUCAUCGACCGGACCGUGGCUAAUAUUCAAGCUAUUAGCCGGACGCUUAUCGGAGAAACUACGUCUUUCUACCGGGCAAUCGUCAGCACUUACACGUCAUUGACUCAAGUGGCUUUCUCCGGUUACCAGCAAUUGUCCAGCUACGUGUCCAGCGGUGUCUCUGAAGUCGCUCGCUAUUACAGCCAGUUGGCCGGCGAAGUGAUGAGUUGUUUGCUCCACUGCGAAUCCGUUGCAUCGAGAGCUUUCCAACGCCUCCAAUUGUUGUUCCAAGACUACGCUGGCCGGCUGGAAACUGUCGUCAUGGAACAAGUGGAACAAAUCCGCCUCCAGUUGAUCGACAUGGCCAAGUCUUACGCCGAAAGCUUCCAACCCUACACUCAAUACUUCAACCAGGGGAUGGAACGCGCCCGCGUUUUCUAUUUCGAAACAUUGGAUGACAUUAACGAAAUGCGCCAAAUGAUUCACGAUCAUUUCGUGACAUACCCCAUGUUCCAGCGUUUGCAUGCAAUCUAUUUAGAAUACGCCAGUUGGCUGGAAGAGUUCCACGCUCAAGAUUACAUCGACGAUUGCAUCACCUAUUUGAACCAGAUGAAAGAAGAAAUCAAGGAAAAAAUCAAGAUCAUGACAGCCCAUUACCAACCUUUGAUUGAUCCAAUGAUCCAGGCUUUCCACGGACAAAUGGAGGCCUUCAAACAGUUGCCUGUCGUUAUUUACAUCAACACGACCGUCGAUAGAAUCUAUCAGCAACUCAACGAGCUCUCCAAAUACAUCGAACUUGAAGCUAAACUCCGCCAAGUGUUGCGCGAUGUCCUUCAACACACCGACCGUCUCACCACUCAACUCAUCAAGGACCUCAAGGGUUCACUCACCUUCAUGAUAAAGCCAACGAUCAUCAUCGAUUGGGAAUCUGGCCGUCUGGAAUAUUCACAACGUUUGCCAUUCACUUGGGAAGACUUCUCUCAAUUGCCACGCAUCCGCGAACUUCCGCUGCUCAAGAAAGUCGGCACGGCCAAGAAGAAUUUCCUGCGCGAAAUGGAUUACAGCCAAUUCUAUUUCAACGCGAUGAACAUGCUGGCCACUUACAGACCCAUGCGCAUCCAAUCCAUCUUGCCACCCUUCGGAAGCCGGGCUUUCGUGGCCGGAACGCAGCACUACAUGACGUUCGAUAGGCGUUUCUACGAGUUCGCCGGAGAGUGCAGCUACCUGCUGGCCAGCGAUUUCUUGCGAAACGAUUUCAGCGCCAUCGUUAAUUACGAAGGAGCCGGAGGCAAAGUCACACGCAAAUCGCUCACCAUUUUAAGCGACCAUCGACAGGUUGAAAUCGAUUCCAGCUUCAGGGUGACCUUAAACGGACGUAAAAUCGAAAUGCCUUUAACGUACGAAAGUACGACAAUUACUCGAGACGGACAACGAUUGAUUGUCACCAACACCAAAUCGGGAUUCCGCGUCGAUUGCAAUUUGUACCGCGACAUUUGCUCCGUUCACGUUUCCGGCUGGAGUUUCGGCAAAACCGGAGGCCUUUUCGGCGUCUACAAUAACGAGCCCGCCGACGAUUUCCUGACUCCGUUCAGGCAACAAAGAACCGACGAAGAAGUCGACAGUUUCGCCAACAGCUGGAAAGUCGGCACAUCCCGUUGUCGUGUCCGCAAUUUCGCCGUGACCCGACCGGCUCCGAGCGCUCGCAACAGCCGCUUGUGCGACCAGCUCUUCUCCGAUGAGCAAUCCGUCUUGAGACCCUGUUUCCAGAUGGUCGAUCCUGCUCCAUUUGCUCGUAUGUGCCUCAACGACUUGGCAACUCUGGAAAACAGCCCGAAAAAAGAUCUCGGAGUCUGCACGGCCGCUUCCGCCUACGCCAACGAAUGUCGUUUCGCCGGUUUGGACCUCUUCGUUCCACCGCAAUGCGUCCGCUGCGAAUUGGAAGAUGGUAAAGUCAUGGGAUCUGGUGAAAUCAAGACGUUCCAGAAUGACGCUCCACGAUCGGCCGAUGUCGUCUUCAUCGUCGACCAGAAACCUUGUCUCAACGGCACCCGACUCUCUUACCUUCCGGCCGCUAUCGACGCCGCUCUGAAAGAGCGCGGCAUCCAGCAGAACCGUUUCGCUGUCGUUAGUUACGGCGGACGUGGAGGUGAUGUGUUCCAGAAACCCCACAUCCGUACGGCUGAUGGAGGCCAGAUCUGGUCUCAUCGUAAAGGCAUUCAAUUAGCCCUGGAAAAUUUGAUAUUGGCUGAUCAACAAUCUGCAACAUCGGACAUUCACGCAGCUUUACGUUACGCUGUUAAUUUACCGUACCGAGUCGGAGUUUCCAAACAGUUUGUUUUGGUUUCGUGUGGCGGAAACGAAUGUCAGGCCAGUUCUUACGCCGAUACGUUGACCCUGUUGAUUGAAAACGACGUCAAACUUCACUUACUUCAACCGCGUGAUAUCAUCGUGAAAGGCAAAAACAGUUCUGAUGAAUUAAAGAACGUCUUCGGAUUUGAUGCUGAAGAAGUUUACACGGUGCGAAACAUCCGCAGUUUGAAAGGUGAUCGAGAAUUGCGACGCCAACUGGCCAUGCCCAAGGAUUUCUGCACUCCAUUGGCUUUAGAGACGAACGGCACCUUGUUUGACCUGAAGAAGAUGAUGCCUGGCCAGCAACAGCAACAAACUAAAAAGUUUGUCGACAUCUUUGCUCGUAGAGUUGCCGCCACCGGUGAGCCCAGUCCGUGCCAGCGAUGCGACUGUAUCGGCGACCGUGACGGUAUUGGAUCGAUCCUCUGCCAACGUUGCGUUUCUCCAGUCAUGGAACGCCUCGACAAGGUCUGGGAGCAAUUGGUUUACGAGAAUGAGAUGGCCAAUGCUGCAGAUGUAGAAGAAGUAACAGUUAGUCAGAUCCAAGACACAUUGCUGGAUCCAAUGGACAAGGUCAGCAGACUCACCACCACACCAAUCACCAAAGUGAUUAAUUAGAAUUUCAAUCUUCUGUAGAAAUUCCUGUAGGUUGCUGUCACCGGUGUGUACUGCCUUAAUUUUUGUUUUUUUGUUUCUUUCUUUAAAAAAAAAUUAUCUUCCGGUUAAGCUAAAACAUUUUUUAUCACUAAUACUCUUCCAUUUUUACCCUAUAAAUCCGACCGUGUCUUUACAAUCCCAAACUUUUGUAUAUUAGUCGUCUUUUACAAUAUACACAAUUAACAAUAAUACUUUUCUUUGAUUAUCCUGUUGAGCCACUGUUAUGGAAUGGCUAUUUCAAUGACUAAUACACUCUUUCUAACCA